ACCAGACUCUUCCUGGUUUACUCCCUUCUUUUUUCCUUUUUUUUCCUUUUUUUUCCUCUUUCCAUUCCUUCCCCCGGUUGUGUAAACGUGUUUGGAGAAUGGAGGUCAGAGUGGGUUUAAUCUUCAGCUGCUGCUUUAUUUUCAUCCAGAUGUGGGAUUCAUCAGCUUCUCUACAGACUAAUAACAGAACCACAGCAUUAACCUUCAGCCAAUCACAUUCACCUGAGCUCGAAUACAUUACACACACUGCAUUCGUAACGAGGGUUGCAGCAACAACAACCACCCCUCCAGUUCAUACUUCAGGCAUUGUCCCCACCAGUCCUCCCAGCUCUUCCUCUGGCCCACAUUUCCAUGUGGGCAGUUUUCUGGGUGGCAUGAUGUUUGCGUUUGUUAUAACACUGGUUGCGUCUCUGGGCUACAGGCUGGUCUGUUCUCGUCGGACAGUGAGAUACAGAGCAAUUGAGGAACACGAUGCUGUGAUCUGAUAGAGGAGCUGCUGGACUGAGCGCUGGAUUACAGUAGUAAAGAACACUGUGUGCUGCUGCGCUGCUGCUGUGUUUAGGUGUAUUAAUGCUAAUUAAUAGCAAAAUACAGUAUCAGUUAAAAGUUUACACCUCUUCUCAUUCAGUGUUAAUCUUUAUUUUUUUAUUCAAUGUAUUUUCUACAGUGUAGAUUAAUAUUAAAGACAUGAAAACUAUGAAGUGACACAUAUAGAAUUCUGUAGUAAACAGUAAAAAAGUGUUAUUCCUCCACAUUAAUCUCCUGAUCUAAACCUGAUGAACUGAGAUUAAGGUGAUUUGAGGUGAUUUAAUUGGGAUGAGCUGGAGCUUCACAGCGUGAAGGAAAAGCAGCAGCUAUUGUUCAGCACCUCCAGAAACCCCUUCCUUCAAGACGCUGAGAGAACUAUUCCAGGUGACUCUCCCUCAUGAAGACACUGAGAUAAAUGUGAUACUUAGAAGAAUCUAAAGUAUGAAACAUACAGUAUUCUUGUUUAUUUUAACCCUUUACAGAAUAAUUCAGCAUGUGUUCCUGUAGAGCUUUAAUAUAGUCUUCAAUAUUAAAUUUACAAUGUAAAAAAUUAAUUGAAUUAAUAAAAGAGGUGUGUCCAAACUUUUGACUGGUACUGUACCGUAUUUUACGGAUUAUAAGGCGCAUUAUGCAACACUAGUAAGGAACAGGGGUGUUGCCAUGCUUUCCUAUUUCAGCAGGUCUUUUGAAGUUAAUCUAUCGCUUGAUGUUAAUCUACACAGAUUUCUAUUCUGAAAACUGUUUAUUUGGUUGAGUAAAGCACUUUAGUUUAACUAGAAUAAGCUUAGAUGUCCAGAUUUCCACUAAGGCUAGGUGCAGCAGCUUUAGCAUUAGUGGCUAACUGCUAGCGCUAGCUGUCGAUUUUUAGGAAAAUUAAAGGAUUGAGGAGUGCGUAUUAUAGAAAAAUACGGAUAAUGUUAUAUUUUGUACAUCUGGAUACUGUUUUUUUUUUUUUUUACAGUUUAUUAAUGUGUUUUAGAGGUUUUAUGUGUCAUUUUAAGAGUAUUUGUGCAGUAGUGGAAAUAAUGAAUACAGAGUAAUACUACAUGUUAACACCUGUUUAAUACAUGUUUUGUAAUAAUGUAAUGUAAUGGGAUUGUGCUGGUUUUACAGUGCAGCAAUAAAGAAUAUUUUAACAA